AUGAAGAUGAUGAUGCUCCCCCUGCUACUCUUCCUCUCUGCACUGCCUGCUCAUAUGGCAAAGUCUUCUAAUUAUUCUGAUCAACAAGCCCUGACUGGUUUCAAGGCUUCUCUCCUUUUGGAUCCAUAUAAUUCCUUGUACGAUUGGUCUCCCAAUCACACCUUCUGUAAUUGGAUUGGUGUUGCAUGUUCUUCUCGUCGACAGCGUGUGGUGUCCUUGAAUCUCACAGGUAAGGGAUUACUUGGCCCUAUCUCUCCCUUACUGGGAAAUCUUUCCUUCCUUAGAGUGCUUGAUCUCUCUAAUAACAGCCUGCAGGACCAUAUUCCACAUCAGAUCGGAAAACUUUUUCGUUUGAGAAGGCUUCUUCUAUCUCGCAAUAGAUUGGAGUCCUCUAUCCCGUCUUCUCUGGCAGGCUGUCGGUCUUUGCAAGAUAUCAGUUUUUCUUAUAAUAAUCUGAGCGGCCCCAUUCCUUUCGAGCUUGGUCUUCUUCAACGCUUAGAAACCCUUUGGGUAGGAAAUAACAACCUUACAGGCACACUCCCAUUAUCCCUAGGUAACCUCUCCUCAAUAAAUGAGUUGAUAUUGAGCUACAAUAGUUUCUAUGGUGGUAUUCCCGGGGAAUUGGGUAUGCUCAGUAAACUCAGAUGGCUUGAUCUGGACUUCAAUUACUUGACAGGACCAAUUCCCACGGCCCUUUUGAAUUGCACUCUUCUAAAAACAUUAAGAGUGGGUCAUAACCUCUUAACUGGCCACAUUUCCUGGGAGUUUGGCAAACUAUCAGAGUUGCAACAAUUGCACCUAUUUACAAAUCAAUUCACGGGAGAAAUUCCUAGUUCUCUUUCUAAUUGUUCUCUUCUUCAAAAGCUUCAACUCGCGUUCAACAAUCUGACCGGUACGGUGCCCUUGGAGUUUGGCAGAUUGCUCCAGCUUGAAUGGCUUAAUUUAUGGAGCAAUCAACUUGUGAGUGGAAGCAACGGUUUGUUAUUUCUAACAGCCUUGAGUAAUUGCUCCAACUUAUAUCAUAUAGAUUUGUCUGAAAAUCAUUUCACUGGCAUUUUGACUUUUUCAGUUGGCCUCCUCCCAAGUGGUCUCUCAUAUUUGCUUUUGCCCUACAAUGAAAUCGCGGGAAGCAUACCAGAUGAGAUUGGUAACCUGACAAGCAUAACAGCGCUAGAUUUACGUGCAAACCUUUUCAGUGACACCAUCCCAUCUUCAUUGAGUGCACUUCCCAUUCUUGAAAGAUUGUGUUUAGACAACAAUAAUUUACAUGGAGUAAUUCCAGAAAGUUUUGGUCAAGCAAAAAGGCUGGGGCUGUUGUCAAUAUGUUGUAACACGUUAUCAGGGAAAAUUCCAGAUACUCUUGGCAGCCUUCCCCAACUAAGACAGAUUUAUCUUCAUGACAACCAAUUGUCAGGAGAAAUACCUGCCAGUCUUGCAAGAUGCCAAAAUCUGGAGCUGCUGGAUUUGUCUUACAAUAAAUUUACAGGCAAGAUACCGCCAAAAGUUGCUGGUCUCCAAAAUCUCAUUUUCUAUUUCAACGUGUCCAGCAAUUUAUUAGAGGGUUCUUUGUUGGAAAUGAGUAAAAUGGAAAUGGUCCUUGCUAUAGAUGUAUCUUCUAAUCAUUUCUCAGGUGUCAUUGCAAUCGCACUGAAAAACUGCAAAGCACUGGAAUACCUUAAUCUGUCUUGGAAUACAUUCACAGGCCCAAUUCCGACAUCACUAGCAGAAAUGAAAAAUCUUCAGGACAUGGAUUUUUCCAGCAACAAUUUGACAGGAAGAAUACCAGUGGCUUUCAAAGACAUGAAAAUGCUCCGGCAUCUCAAUCAUUUCUCAGGUGUCAUUCCAAUCGCACUGAAAAACUGCAAAGCACUGGAAUACCUUAAUCUGUCUUGGAAUACAUUCACAGGCCCAAUUCCGACAUCACUAGCAGAAAUGAAAAAUCUUCAGGACAUGGAUUUUUCCAGCAACAAUUUGACAGGAAGAAUACCAGUGACUUUCAAAGACAUGAAAAUGCUCCGGCAUCUCAAUCUCUCUUCAAACAGUUUGACUGGAGAGGUCCCAAAGGGAGGAAUUUUUGCAGUAAUGGAUGUUUCAGCAGUUAUGGGAAAUCUUGGCCUUUGUGGAACAUGGAUACACUUGCUGCCAUGCUCUCAUUCCAAACACAAACAGUCAUCCGUCUCCAUAAAGGUAAUAAUUCCUAUUGUAGUGGGCAUUGCAAUUUUGAUCAUGUCUCUUCUAUUGGUAGCAUUUUCGUAUAAAUGCAGACGUUCCAGUACCCCUGCUCUCAAAAUAUGGCCUCAAAGAAUUUCAUAUGAAGAACUUGUAGAUGCAACUGAUGGAUUUAGUGAGACAAACAUGUUGGGAAUUGGUUGUUUUGGAUCAGUUUAUAAAGGGAUUCUAAGCAGUGGAAGAAAUGUUGCUGUUAAAGUUCUGAAUUUGCAAGAUCAAAAUGUUCACCAAAGUUUUAUCAAAGAAUGUAAUGUAUUAAAAAGAGCUAGGCACCGCAAUGUGAUUAAAAUUAUUUCAGCUUGUUCUAAUCUUGAUUUUAAAGCUUUGGUUCUUCCAUUUAUGUCAAAUGGAAGUUUGGAGAGUUGGCUAUAUCCUCAAGAAGGAGCUCAAUGCAAUUUAGAUUUGAAUGAUCGAUUAAAGAUAGCAUUGGAGAUAGCACAAGGACUAGUAUAUCUACAUCAUCAUUGCUUCGUACAAGUGAUCCAUUGUGACCUAAAACCUAGUAAUGUGCUAUUAGGGGAUGACAUGUCUCCAGAGAUUGCAGAUUUUGGCAUCGCCAAACUAAUCUUGGGGAAUUCCACGGAUUCAUUGACUUCUACAGGUGUACUCAGAGGAUCUAUUGGCUACAUUGCUCCAGAGUAUGGAAUGGGUUGUAAUAUUUCUACAAAAGGAGAUGUGUACAGAUAUGGAAUUUUAUUGUUGGAAUUGUUAACAAGGAGAAGACCAACAGAUAAAAUGUUUGUAAGAGUGAAUCUUCAAGAAUGGGUAGCUCCAAAUUUUCCAAAUAAAGUUUUAGAUGUAGUGGAUAUUAAAUUCCUUGGAGAUACUGAUGAAUUAGAAUCAUCACUACUUUUGUCAUGCCUCACUCAAAUUUUGGAAGUGGGUUUGGUUUGCACAAGGGAAUUGUCUCAACAUCGACCAAAUAUGAUAGAGAUAAUCGAGAGAUUAGAUAAGAUUAGAGGUGUAAAGCCAGAUUCAACACUGUUUGCUAAGAAAUAUAAUAUCAUGACGAUUGUGACAGAGCGUAGCGUGAAUUGUUUGACAGAAUACUUCAAAGAGGUGUCAUCUCAUGGAAAGAAAUGA